AUGAACUGGCCCCAUUCCUGCAUCUCCCUUUGCUGGAUUUACUUUGCUGCUUCCAGACUGAGAGCUGUAGAAACAGCAGAUGGAAAAUACGCUCAGAAGUUGUUUCAUGACCUUUUUGAAGAUUAUUCCAACGCGCUUCGUCCAGUGGAAGAUACAGAUAAAGUCCUGAACGUCACGCUGCAGGUCACACUUUCGCAGAUUAAAGAUAUGGAUGAAAGAAACCAAAUUCUGACGGCCUACCUGUGGAUCCGCCAAAUCUGGUACGACGCGUUCCUCACGUGGGAUCGAGACCAGUACGACGGGCUGGACUCCAUCAGGAUCCCCAGCGACCUGGUGUGGAGGCCGGAUAUCGUGCUGUACAACAAGGCUGAUGAUGACGCUUCGGAGCCCGUGAACACCAACGUGGUGCUGAGGUACGACGGGCUGAUCACCUGGGACGCCCCGGCCAUCACCAAGAGCUCCUGUGUGGUGGAUGUCACCUACUUCCCCUUCGAUCACCAGCAAUGCAACCUGACCUUCGGAUCCUGGACCUACAACGGCAACCAGGUGGACAUAUUCAACGCCCUGGACAGCGGGGACCUGUCCGACUUCAUCGAAGAUGUGGAGUGGGAGGUGCACGGCAUGCCCGCGGCCAAGAACGUGAUCUCCUACGGCUGCUGCUCCGAGCCCUACCCAGAUGUGACCUUCACGCUCCUCCUGAAGAGGCGGUCCUCGUUCUACAUCGUCAACCUCCUCGUUCCCUGCGUCCUCAUCUCUUUUCUAGCUCCCCUGAGUUUUUAUCUCCCAGCAGCCUCUGGGGAAAAGGUGUCCCUGGGAGUGACCAUCCUGUUGGCCAUGACCGUGUUUCAGCUGAUGGUGGCAGAGAUCAUGCCGGCCUCCGAAAACGUCCCUCUGAUAGGCAAGUACUACAUCGCCACGAUGGCUCUGAUCACCGCCUCCACCGCCCUGACCAUCAUGGUGAUGAACAUCCACUUCUGCGGGGCUGAGGCCCGGCCGGUGCCGCCCUGGGCCCGGGUGGUCAUCCUGAAAUACAUGGCCAGGGCCUUGUUCGUCUACGACGUGGGCGAGAGCUGCCUCGGCCCCCGCCACGAGAGGGAGCGGACCCGCCUCUCCAAGGUGUAUGACAAACUCCCCGCGUCGAACCUGAACGCAGCCCGGGGCAAAGGCCUUUCCGGGAAGAAGGACUCCCACGAACUCGUAAAGAACAACUUGGGGUGCCAGGGUGGGAGCCCGGAGGACGCCGGGGGGUCCUGUGCCAGGUUCGCAGCGCUGACGCGGAACAUCGAGUACAUCGCCAAGUGCCUCCGAGACCACAAGGCCACCCACUCCAAGGGCAGCGAGUGGAAGAAGGUGGCCAGAGUCAUAGACCGCUUCUUCAUGUGGGUCUUCUUCCUCAUGGUGUUGGUCAUGACUGUCUUGAUCAUAGCAAGGGCAGAUUAG